GACAGAGAGUUUCGGUAGACGGUAGCUAUUAACAUUACAACACCUUUUUAUUAUUUCACCUCUCUCUCUCUCUCUCUCAUUGCCAUAGAUCUGAAACACAGAUCACAGGGUUAACGCUUUUUGACCCUUCUCUCCAUUGGUCAUUCCCCCGAAUACGCCGCACCUAUAAUCUAGCACCGACCGGACCCUCCAUACCCGUUUUCGCGCGGAUCUAGGAGCUCAGCUAGGGUUUAGUGUGUGAGUGAAUAAGGUUGUUGUUGGGGGGUUUGCGAUGGCUCCGACCACGAUCCGGAAGGCGAUUGGGGUGGUGAAGGACCAGACAAGCAUCGGGAUAGCGAAGGUUUCGAGCAACAUGGCGCCGGAGAUGGAGGUCGCGAUUGUGAAGGCGACGAGCCAUGACGACGACCCCGCGAGCGAGAAGUACAUAAGGGAGAUCUUGAACCUCAUGUCCCACUCGCGUGGCUACGUCCACGCGUGUGUCACCGCCGUGUCCAAGCGUUUGGGGAAGACGCGCGACUGGAUUGUGGCGCUCAAGGCGCUGAUGCUCGUGCACAGGCUCAUGAACGAGGGCCCGCCGCUGUUCCAGGAGGAAAUCCUCUUCGCCACCCGCAGGGGAACCAGGCUCCUCAACAUGUCUGAUUUCAGAGAUGAGGCUCACUCCAGCUCCUGGGAUCACUCCGCUUUUGUGAGGACCUAUGCUAUGUAUCUAGAUCAGAGGCUUGACUUGAUGCUCUUUGAUAGAAAAAGCACCGCCGCCUCCUAUGGUGGCGGUGCGGGUAGUGUUGGCGGUGGCGGCAGUGAUGAUAGAUUUGGCGGAAGAGACAAUUUCCAGUCACCGCCGUAUGAGUACGGCGGUGGUGGUGAAUUUAGAGGGGAAGGCGGCUAUGGGAAUGGGAUGAGGAAGACGAGAUCGUAUGGGGACAUGAGUGAAUCGGUGGGGAGAGGGGAAGAGAAGAGGGUUGUGAGUGUGACUCCGCUGAGGGAUAUGACGCCAGAGAGGGUUUUCGGGAAGAUGGGACAUUUGCAGAAGUUGUUGGAUCGGUUUUUGGCUUGUAGGCCUACUGGGUUGGCUAAGAAUAGCAGGAUGGUUUUGAUUGCGCUGUAUCCUGUGGUUAAGGAGAGUUUUCAGUUGUAUGCUGAUAUAUGUGAGGUUUUGGCUGUGUUGCUUGAUAAGUUCUUUGAUAUGGACUAUGCUGAUUGUGUGAAGGCUUUUGAUGCUUAUUCUAGUGCGGCUAAACAAAUUGAUGAGUUGGUUGCAUUUUACAAUUGGUGUAAGGAUACCGGUGUGGCGAGGUCCUCGGAGUACCCUGAGGUUCAGAGGAUUACCAAUAAGUUGCUUGAGACAUUGGAGGAGUUUGUGAGGGAUAGGGCCAAGAGGCCAAAGAGUCCGGAGAGGAAAGAGGAGGUUCCGCCGGUGGAGAAGGUAGAGGAGGAGCCGGCCCCGGAUAUGAAUGAAAUCAAGGCACUGCCACCACCAGAGAAUUAUAUCCCACCUCCUCCGCCUGAGCCAGAGCCUAAGCCGCAGCCACAGGUUACGGAGGAUUUGGUGAAUCUGAGAGACGAUGCAGUUACUGCAGAUGAUCAGGGAAAUAAAUUGGCUUUGGCACUCUUUGCUGGUGCACCUGCUAAUAAUGUAAAUGGAUCAUGGGAAGCCUUCCCAUCAAAUGGACAGCCAGAAGUGACUUCAGCCUGGCAAACCCCAGCUGCAGAGCCCGGGAAAGCUGAUUGGGAAUUGGCAUUGGUAGAGACUGCUAGCAAUUUGUCAAAGCAGAAGGCAACUUUAGGUGGUGGGUUUGAUCCUCUAUUGUUGACUGGCAUGUAUGAUCAAGGAAUGGUGAGGCAGCAUGUCAGCACUACCCAACUGAGUGGAGGGAGUGCAAGCAGUGUGGCAUUGCCAGGACCUGGGAAGACUACAACCCCUGUGUUGGCUCUCCCCGCCCCGGAUGGAUCCGUGCAGCCAGUUAAUCAGGAUCCAUUUGCCGCAUCGCUGAGUGUUCCACCACCGUCCUAUGUCCAAAUGGCUGAUAUGGAGAAGAAGCAGCACUUGCUUGUGCAGGAGCAGCAGGUGUGGCAUCAGUAUGCUAGGGAUGGGAUGCAAGGUCAAUCUAGCUUGGCCAAACUGAAUGGCGCUGGAUACUAUGCCGGAGGUCCUAUGCCCAUGAUGCCUUAUGGAAUGCCCCCAGUCAAUGGAAUGGGGCCUCCAACCGGGUAUUAUCACACUCCUUACUGAUACCCCUUUCACCUUUUUUUUCUUUUCUGUGUCACAUCUAUAGGUUGUUUCGUUUAUUUUUUACUACGACAUAGUGUUUGGCUUGGUUUCAAAUGAUGUCAUCUUAUUCUUGAGAUCUGCACAUUAGUACAACGGGGUUGCUAAGGAGACUGGGUUGAAGAGACAAAUUCUUGUUGGGUUUUGAUGCUGGGAGAUGUGUAACUCAUUUGUGAUAUCUCUCUGUAUUUUGUAAUAUUAGCAUUUUCUUCCCGAUUUUGUACUUCCAAGUGAUUCUUGCACCUUAAAAACAAACGAUUAACUACUGUAAAUUUUAUUAAAUGCUGGUACUGAUGAACACUAUUGGUUAUACCAAAUGAUAUUUCCAUCUUGUGGGAGCA